AUGGGUAACGCAAAUUCCCAGAUGCUGGACAACAUCGUGUCCGGCUCCAAUUUCGACCGCGAGGAGGUUGAUCGCCUGCGCAAGCGCUUCAUGAAGCUCGACAAGGACAAUUCGGGCACGAUCGAGCGCGACGAGUUCCUGUCGCUGCCGCAGGUGUCGUCGAACCCGCUGGCGACGCGGAUGAUCGCCAUCUUCGACGAGGACGGCGGCGGCGACGUCGACUUCCAGGAGUUCGUGUCGGGCCUGAGCGCCUUCAGCAGCAAGGGCAACAAGGAGGAGAAGCUGCGCUUCGCGUUCAAGGUCUACGACAUCGACCGCGACGGCUUCAUCAGCAACGGCGAGCUGUUCAUCGUGCUCAAGAUGAUGGUCGGCAGCAACCUCAAGGACCAGCAGCUGCAGCAGAUUGUCGACAAGACCAUCAUGGAGGCCGACCUCGACCACGACGGCAAGAUCAGCUUCGAGGAGUUCACCAAGAUGGUCGAGAACACCGACGUCUCGAUGAGCAUGACUUUGGAUCAAUUUUAG